AUGAAGUUCGCCAUCUCUCGCCCUCCUGGCUACGUCCUGUCAGCUAUAACAAUAUCCCUUGGAGGUUUCCUCAAUGGCUACGAUACAGGCAGCAUAGGUGCUGUGACCGAAAUGCCCUAUUUUGCUUCCAGUAUUGGCGAGCUUUCUCCCUUUCUUCGUGGAUUUACGGUCUCGUUGAUCAUGCUUACUGGCGCCUUUCCAUCGUUCUUUGCUGGACAACUCGCCGAUCGCUUUGGAGGACUUGCUGUCGUUGCUGCAGGUGCUCUUGUGUUCACCAUCGGAGCUGCGUUGGAGGGAUCGGCGAACAAACUUGCCAUGUUUCUCGUCGGUCGGGCCCUUUGCGGUAUAGGCGAAGGUCUUUGGUUGAGUAAUGUCAGCGUAUACAUCACGGAGAUUGCUCCAUCGGCACGUAGAGGUAUGCUAGUAUCCAUGCCUCAGUUCUUGUGCUGUGCGGGCGUCUGUUUGGGAUACUUUACCUGCUAUGGAAGCGUGCAGAUCGACUCCAGCUUCUCAUGGAGAGCACCGUACAUAAUCCAAGCCAUACUCGGGCUCUGCUUGACCACAAUGCCGUUCAUACUCCCUCAAUCACCUCGUUGGCUUCUCUUACAUGGUCAGCGAGACAAGGCAAUCAGAGAACUCAAACGCCUCGACUUUAGUGCAAUCGAAGCUGAGAAGGAUUUACUGGGUCCUGCUGCCGAACAACAGAUGGCUUCAAGACAACCAGGAGCGGUAGAGGGUCUUACAAUGCUGUUCAAGAAACCAUACCGCAAGCCUGCUUUACUUGCUCUCUAUGUCCUGGGCGUCAUACAGCUCAGCGGCAUAGAUGGUGUCCUCUAUUACGCACCCACCCUUUUCGCUCAAGCCGGCCUUUCCGCAAAGACAUCCUCCUUCAUGGCAUCAGGUCUAUCAGGCGUCCUCAUCCUCCUCAUCAGCAUCCCAGCCGUCCUCCUCGCCGACAAAGUCUCCCGUCGCAGCAGCGUCAUCGUCGGCGGCAGUCUCCUCACCUUCUGCAUGUUCAGCAUCGGCACUCUCUACGCCUCAAACUCUGUAACACCCCAGAACCCUGCCCGCUGGCUGGUCAUCAUUCUAGUCUUUGUCUUUGGUAUUGUCUACUCUGCGACCUGGGGUAUCGUGGGCAAGAUCUACGCGUCGGAGAUACAACCAGCUGCUACAAGGAGUGCUGCAAGUGCUGUGGCGCAAGGACUGGGCUUCUUUACCAAUUGGAUCGUCGCCAUCAUUACUCCUGUCUUGCUGGCCAAGUCGAGCUAUGGCGCGUACUUCUUAUUUGGAGGGAUCUGCUUUGUAAGUGUAUUGGUAUUGAUGUUCAGUAUGCCUGAGACCAGGGGCCUCAGUCUUGAGGCUAUCCAAGAGGCAUUCUUGGUACCUGGUACAGCACAAAGAGGCAGAGUGGUUAGUAUGUUGAGGAGAUGGGCUGGAGUUACUACUUCUGAUAGCGGGACUGGCUCGACCGUUGAGCUAAGAGAUGUAGGCGGGCUCUUGGAACGAGAGUCUUAG